AUGAAGACAUGUAGGAAUCCUUCAGGAAACUGUUCCACGCUCAUCACUGCCCUCGAAGGCUGCUAUCCACAGUGUCCCCCAACCCAGCCCUACUUUGAUGAAGACACCAUGAAGUGUGUCACCUGGCGUCAAUGUGGCUGCUAUGAUGACAAAGGCACCCACUACAGCAUUGGAGAUAAGGUUCCAUCGACCAACUGUCAUACUUGUUGCUGCAACUACGUUACAAGCAAACACGACAUUGGGAACCACAUCUGCAGAAGUAUCCACAUCACAAGCAACAACAUUGGAGACAGAGUAAAGGUUGCAACAACUAAACCACCUAAAGAAGUCACCACUGGCCCAGUUACAACCUCUACCACAGCUGUUGUUGAGACUACAACAACUUCGCCAGGCGUUACAACAGAAAGUCCUGAAACAACGGUUGUAACAUCACAACCCACUGUUGUUACCACAACUACUAAGAUUCCUGUAACAGAAACUGAGGGAACCACAGCCAAACCUGCAGAAACAACAACAUCAGCAGGAACAACAGUAAAGGUUGCAACAACUAAACCACCUAAAGAAGUCACCACUGGCCCAGUUACAACCUCUACCACAGCUGUUGUUGAGACUACAACAACUUCGCCAGGUGUUACAACAGAAAGUCCUGAAACUACAGUUGUAACAUCACAACCCUCUGUUGUUACCACAACUACUGCACUUCCUGUAACAGAAACUGAGGGAACCACAGCCAAACCUGCAGAAACAACAACAUCAGCAGGAACAACAUCAUUAGGAACAACAGUAAAGGUUGCAACAACUAAACCACCUAAAGAAGUCACCACUGUCUUGGUAACAACCUCUACCAUAGCUCUUGUUGAAACUACGACCUCAGUUUCAGGUGCCACAACAAUUAGUAUAGUCACAGGAAAGCCACAAACAUCAACAAUAUUUGUAAAACCUUCUAUUUUCAACACAACUGUUGUGGCUUCAACUAUAACUACAGGAGUAACAGCUAAAGCUACAACUUCCAUUGGCCCAAUAACACCAGAAGGGACCAGAACUGUUUAUACUACUGGGCAAGCCGGAACCACAGUUCUUUCCACACCAUCACUGUUAACAACAACAACUUCAUGUGUGUGCAUCGUCAAUGGGACCUCACACCAGCCUGGGGACUUGGUGUACAAUGUCACUGAUGGCUUAGAGUGGUGCUACGUUGCAUAUUGCAAUGCAUCUUGUAAAGUUGAGAUCCAUUCCUCUUCAUGUACCACUACACCAAUACCCAGCACAACCGCACAGUCUACCACUGCUUUGUUUGGCACCACUACAAAGGCAACGAUUUCUUCCACCACAUCUGUUACUAUCCCUUCAUCCACUCCCUCAACGACCUCAGUGGACUGCAAUGAUGAGUAUCCACCAAGAAAGAAUGGAGAGUUAUGGACGCUCAGCAACUGCACCACUGCUACCUGCAACCAUGGCACAAUCACAAAGACACCUACUAAAUGUCCCACAGCACCACAGCCCAUAUGUGCCAAUGGACGCCAAGCUGUCAAAGUCUACGAUGAUAACGGAUGCUGCUUCCACCAUGAAUGUCAAUGUGUAUGCAGUAUCUUGGCUCAAAACCACUACAUAACUUUCGAUGGAGAAUUAUUCAAUUUCAAGGAGAACUGCUCUUACUACCUGGUCAAAGAAAUUAUUACGAGAUAUAACCUGACUAUUAUUGUAAACAACCAUGACUGUGAGCCUUCAGACGUCACAUUCUGUCCCCAGACUCUCACUAUAACCUACCGAUCCCACACAGUUGUUUUGUCUCAGUUGAAGAUUGGAGGAACAGCAACUAAUGCGGUGUAUGUGAAUCAGAAACGUACAUUUCCCGCCUUCAGAAAUCCUGUUCUAUACAUCACUGGCACAGAUAUGGUGAUAACAUUGGAGAUACCAGAGAUCAACACAAAAGUGGUCUAUACGGGCUCCUCAAUCAGCAUUGACCUACCUUACACCCUCUUUGGCGGGAACACUGAGGGACAGUGCGGGACCUGUGAUAACUCACAGAACAAUGACUGUCGCUCUCCAAACGGCCAGGUGGAAAGCUGCUCAGACUCCGCAGGCCAGUGGCAUGUCCCAGGCACACCAUGUGUUAUCCCCACAACCCCAUCUAUAACGACAAAACCCACAACCACCUCAAAACCAGCAACCACAACGCGGCCCCUUUGCAAACCUGCAAUUUGUAAUAUCCUAACAAGCAGUGUUUUCAAGGCAUGCCACACAGUCAUACCCCCGGGACCAUUUGUGAAAUCCUGUGAGUCUGACAAUUGCAACAGUGUCAAUAACACCUGCACCAGCCUGGAGGCCUAUGCCACUGGGUGCUCUAAUGAAGGAGUCUGUAUCGACUGGAGGAAUGCGACCAAUGGGCGCUGUGAGCACACGUGUCCAAAAAACAAAGUGUACAAGGCCUGUGGGACCAGCGUAGAGCCUACAUGCAAUGACAGAUACAACAAGAAGUUCGAGACAGGUAGUGAAGCAUCCACUAACAACACCAAAGAGGGCUGCUUCUGUCCUCCUAGCACCGUCUUAUUCAACACUGUCUAUGACACAUGUGUUGCCUCCUGUGAUUGUGUUGGACCUGAUGGUAGACCCAAAGAGCCUGGUGAUACAUGGAUAAGUGGCUGCAACCUAUGUGAGUGUGACAAGGAUUCCAUGAGCAUCCAGUGUGAGCCUGCCACCUGCCCCACAGUGCAGAGCCCUGUCUGCAGCGGGCCGGGUCAGCAGCUGGUCAACAAAACAGACGGCUGCUGCACAACACAGUCCUGCGAGUGCAAUGUAAACCUGUGUCCACAACCAAUCACCUGCCCAGUGGGCUUCCAACGCAACGUUACCAGCGGCACCUGCUGCCAGUCCUACGAGUGUGUUCCUAAAGGUGUAUGUGUCUAUGACAUGAAUGAGUACAAGCCUGGUGACAAAAUACCAACAGAAACAACACCAGAACCACCAUUAGAAACACCAUCAACACCAACAACAACAGAACAACCACCUGGAACAACAGCAGCAUCAGGAGCAGGACAACCUUCAGGAACCACAACAGCACCAUCAGGAGCAGGACAACCUUCAGGAACCACAACAGCACCAUCAGGAGCAGGACAACCUUCAGGAACAACAACAGCACCAUCUGGAGCAGGACAACCUUCAGGAACAACAACAGCACCAUCAGGAGCAGGACAACCUUCAGGAACAACAACAGCAGCAUCAGGAGCAGGACAACCUUCAGGAACAACAACAUCUCCAUCAGGAGCAGGACAACCUUCAGGAACAACAACAGCACCAUCAGGAGCAGGACAACCAUCAGGAACAACAACAGCACCAUCAGGAGCAGGACAACCUUCAGGAACAACAACAGCACCAUCAGGAGCAGGACAACCAUCAGGAACAACAACAGCACCAUCAGGAGCAGGACAACCUUCAGGAACAACAACAGCACCAUCAGGAGCAGGACAACCAUCAGGAACAACAGCACCAUCAGGAGCAGGACAACCUUCAGGAACCACAACCUCCCCAUCAGGAGCAGGACAACCUUCAGGAACAACAACAACACCAUCAGGAGCAGGACAACCUUCUGGAACAACAACAACACCAUCUGGAGCAGGACAACCAUCAGGAACAACAACAACACCAUCUGGAGCAGGACAACCUUCUGGAACAACUACAGCACCAUCAGGAGCAGGACAACCUUCGGAAACAACAACAGCACCAUCAGGAACAUCGGGACCUUUCACACCAAAUCCCUGCCAGGAGUGUUUCUGUGGCCCCAAAAUGGAUCCCAUCACUAGGUUGAACAUCAUUAACUGCAGACCUGUUGUGUGCAACACACAAUGCCCCAAAGGUUAUGAAUAUCAGACCUUACAUGGAAAGUGCUGCGGGAAAUGUGUUCAGAAAAGCUGCAUUUUCACCACACAGGACAACACAACACAUAUCCUUGAGGUCAACAACACCUUUACUCCCACAAAUGACAAGUGUGUGAAAUAUACCUGUGAGAAGAUGAAUGGACAUCUUGUUACCAAGGAGACCAAGACCACCUGUUCUCCCUUUAACCCCUUGGACUGUGAACCUGGCACUGAGACUACUGACACUACUGGAUGCUGCAAAACCUGCAAGCGGAAGAGCGUCUGUGAGAUGAAGAGUAAGCUAACAGUCAUGGAAGUGAGCGGCUGCAAGAGUGCACAGCCGCUCAACAUUACGUCCUGCGCUGGACACUGUGGAAGCUCGUCCAUAUAUUCUGCGGCAGCUAACAAGAUGAUGCACCAGUGUGAGUGUUGCCAAGAGGCCAGCGUCAGUAAGAAGAGUGUGGAGCUGACUUGUGCUGAUGGCUCAAAGGUGAACCACAGCUACACUGCAGUGGAUACGUGCAGCUGCAGAAAAGCAGACUGUGUGCCUGGGACCACGGCAGAACCACUUCGCCGCAGGAGACGCUGAUCAGUCCCUGACACUGCUGUCCACCCGACUGAAACCUUAGAAACAAGAAUUAACAAGAAUUAACCUUCAAUUUUCUUAUUCUUGUCAGGUUUAUUAUUUAUAGCUCAAAAUGUGCUCUUUUCCAUUGUCGACUGGGAUGUAAACUUUCUUCGAUGAUUAUUAAUAAAAUGAUACUUCUGCAAUUUGAA